UCUGCCGGAUAAAGAGUCCAGAGAGAUCACUGACUCCCCCGUCACGCCAGCUGGUUUCCCGCCACCGGAGAAGUCUGCCCUGAGUCCGUACCGUUGGCCGGCCAUGUCUUCCACGCUGCUGCUGAAAGUGAUGCGCUGUGGGCGCUCUGGCGUCGCGCGACAGGCUGUCCUUGCCGGGCGUGCCACACCGGAAACACCUGCACAGGUGUGUGGAGUGGCAUGUGUGCGGUGGGCCGGCGGUUCAGUCCGGUUUGGUUUGGACAACACCGGGAGACCAGUGACCUGGGACUCCUUCGGCAUCUGGGACAACAGGAUAGAGGAACCCAUAAUACUGCCAUCUAGUGUCAAAUAUGGGAAACCAAUACCACAGGUCAGUCUGUCCAAGGUUGGUUGCUCGUCGGUACUUGGUCUGAGGAAGCAAAAUGAGGACCGUCUCAGGGUGGCCCGUAUCCAUGACAACCUGCUUUACUUUGCUGUGUUCGAUGGCCACGGGGGUCCGCACGCCGCCGACUACUGCUAUAUCUUCAUGGAGAAACACAUCAGAGACGCUUUGGAGGAAGAGGAGGAUUUGGAGAAGGUCCUGACCAAAGCCUUUCUGGAUACAGAGCAGGCCCUGCACACACACCUCCGCUAUGUUGAGAAUGGUGAAACGUACACAGCGUCCUUCCUGAAAGCAGGCACCACUGCAACGGUUGCUGUGCUGCGGGACGGGGUGGAGCUUGUGGUAGGAAGUGUCGGUGACAGUCGGGCACUGCUCUGCAGGGAUGGACAGGCACACAAACUCACCCACGAUCACACGCCGGACCGCAAAGACGAGAUGAAGAGGAUUCGGCAGAGCGGAGGUUUUGUCACAUGGAACAGUGUGGGUCAGGCUAAUGUUAACGGCAAGUUGGCGAUGACACGAAGCAUCGGGGACUUCCACCUGAAGACCAGCGGGGUCAUCGCUGAGCCGGAAACCAGACGCCUAACCGUGAAGCAUGCCAGCGACUCCUUUCUGGCCCUGACCACAGAUGGAAUCAACUUCCUGUUAAGUGACCAGGAGAUCUGUGAUGUCAUCAACCAGUGCCACGACCCCACAGAGGCUGCAGAGGUCAUCUUACAGCAGGCGUUGCAGUACGGCUCGGAGGACAACGCUUCCGCCAUCGUGGUCCCGCUAGGAGCCUGGGGGAAACAGACGAGCCCCGUCCCCCUUUACAGCGUGAGCCGCAACUUCGCUUCAACGGGGAGAUGGGCUUGAAGGACACACACACACACACACACACACACACACACACACACACACACACACACACACACACACACACACACGCAUGCACAAACAUUUUUACAAUGAUUUUCAGAAGUUGGAGCCCUCCGCAGUCGUUGUGUAACCUCUGGGGUGUCCGAGAGACACCCUGGAGGACAACGCAGGACGCAGGGACUUGCUAGUUUCUUUACGCUGAUGAGCCAAAACAUUACGACCCCCUCACAGGCGAACCGUAUAACGCUGAUCCUCUCCAGACAUGAGCACGUGAUAGUGAGCAAAGCAUCAGUUCAGGUAGUCACCGUGUUGCAUGCAGGAGUGAAGACCCGAGCCACUUUGACAAGGGCCACAUGGUUCUAGCCGGACGACCGGGUCAGAGCCUCUCUGACACGGCAAGGCCUGGGGAGGGCUCCUGGUCAGCAGUGACGAGUACCUCCCGCCUGACAUCCAAGGAGGGACGAACCACGAGCUGGCGACAGGGUGGCGAGCGCCUGAGGCUCAUUGGUGCGUGAGGGCAGCGGAACAAGGGGGCCUGGUCCGAUGGGUCCCGUUUUCUGUUAGAUCUUGGGGUUGUUGUGUACGUGCGCGCAGUGUAGCUGGGGAGGUGACGGCAACAAAGAGGACACGCCAGCGGGGGGCAGUGUGAUGCUCUGGGCAGCGCUCUGCUGGGAAACCCUGGCUCCGGCCAUUCAUGCGGACGUCCAUGUGACGCGUGCCAUCUUCGCAGACCAGGUGCAGCACUUCAUGGCCAGCGGUCUUCCCUGAUGGCUGCGGCGUCCUUCAGCAGGAUGACGCUCCCUGCCACACCGCACACGUUGUUCAGGAGGGGUUUGAGGAACGCGGUGAAGUGUUAAAAGCGUCGCCGUGGCCUUCAAAUUCUCAAGCUCUCAAUCCCAUUGAGCGUCUGUGGGACGUGCUGGACUGACGAGUCGGUUCCACAGCAGCUCCACCUCACAACUUACAGGACUUGGAGGAGCUGCUGGUGACAUUUUGGUGCCGGAUACCGCAGGACACCUUCAGAGGUCUUGUGGAGGCCACGCCUCAGCACGCCGGUGGGGUUUUGGCAACACAGGGAGGACCGACCAACAGCACGUUAUGUCGGUGGUCGUAAUGUUUUGGCUCAUCUGUGUAUAGCUAUAGUUACCUGCCUCAGCUACAGCCAGGAUAAUGUAUAUGUGUAUCAUGUCACUGUCAUGCCACUGUCAUGUCACUGUCAUGUACAUACAGAGGGUAUUUGUGUGGAAUAUGCAUUGAGUUUGCAUUUAAGUCUAUCACUUGUUAAACUGCAGUAUGUGAGCGAGUGUGUGUGAGUAAGUGAGUGAGUGUGUGUGUGUGUGUGUGUGUUUGGAGUGUAACACGGUAACACACCAUGGUGAUGUUAUUGGUAUUAUAUAGAUUCGUUGAAAGAGAUGGAUGCUUUUAUAAUGUGAAGUAAAAAUCAGUGUAACCCAGGAACACAGUUGAGUUAAUCCCUGUGAAUGUUAAUAUUUUUGUAUAUACAUGCAACUGCUGUAUACUGGUUACAAAUUAUUGUUGUCUUUGUUAUAAUUAUAACAUAAGUAUAUGAUAU